UUUACUGUAGAAGAAGAAACAACCGAGUGGGAUCAACUAAUUUAUAUUCUAUAUAUUAAAGUAGGGCAUGGGUUAAAGAUGCGUUUCAAAGUGUGUCUGCUUGUGUCAAUAAGGUCCUGAGCUGUCGAGGUUAGUGGCGCUGUAACGCCUGUAGCCACAUUACACGAGCAAGCUAUGGAGAAAAGGUUCAGUCAGUGGAAGAAGCAGUGUGUGAGCAAGCUGGACCAGAGUAAGAAGGGCAGUGUGGAUGAGGACAUCACACAUGUAGUGUCUCUGCUCAACGGCUGUGAGGAGUACUUCACCACCAGCUCCUGCUCCGGGAGGAUCAUCCUCAUCGACGGGGCUCCAGAGAGCAGUGAAGUUCACAAACGGAACUGUGUUUGGCUGUUUGUCUCGCACCACAAAUGCAAAUCUGAUGAGCUGGUGGCUGCUCUGGCCAGCUCCAGUGGAGAUGUAGUGAUGAAGUUUGAGCCCUUUGUGCUCCAUGUACAGUGCAGGCGGCUGGAGGACGCACAGCUGCUGCACUCAGUGGCCAUCAACUCAGGCUUCAGGAACUCUGGCCUCACUGUCAGCAAGACAGGAAAAAUCAUCACGGCCGUCCGCAGCACCCACGGCCUGGAGGCUCCUCUCAGCCAUGAAGGGAAGCUCCUGGUUCCUCAUGAAUACAUCCAUUUCCUGAGUCAGACAGCCAAUCGGAAGAUGGAGGAGAACCUCCGACGCAUCCACAGGUUCUACCAGAACCUCCUGUCAGCCCUGCCUAUAGAGAAACUCCAAAUCUCAGAUCCUCCCAUCUCACAUGGAGCACAAGAGACCCCUCACAGACUGGAGACAGAGGAGGAACAGGAGAAGAAGAAAACCAGUGUGUAUGAACGGAGGCGGAAGAGAGAACUACACCAUCAGACUGACUCUUUCCAUGGUGACGGGUCUGUACCAGAGCUGGACGACUGUCUGGAUCUGUUCACAUGAGGUGUACAUAUGAAAUAUAUCACUGACUGUAACACAUUGUUUGUUUCAUUGGAGAGAGCUGGGGCCUGGAUCACCAUGGUAACCUACACUGCAGCGCAGUCAGUAGUAAACAGCCUGAGAGAUGAGCUUGCUCACUUCUACACACUCCCAAUAACAUGACAAACUAUAAAACCCUGAUGAUGAUUUAUUCAUUGUAGUUACAAAGCAGUAAAUGGGCUUCUGUGGCUCAGACUCAUGAUGCUGGAUGCUAACAAGAUAGUCUGUUUAUCUCUCCCUAGGGUUUCAGAAUGGUGUUGUGCUGCUGUCAGGCCUGUCUGUCUUAAGGCUUAAAGGGAACCAACAUAAACAUGUAAUGUCUUUAUUCUACUGCCAUAACGCUGUGCACUCAACAUGUACGUCAUAAUGACAAGGUAAAGCAAAAAUGCAGAUUCUCAUUUAUAAUGUAGACCAAAUUAAAGUAUCAUGUGUUAUCAUGGAACAUGUAUCAUCAUAACGAACGGUUUGGAAAACGCUCUAUUUGUCUUUUGGAACAGAGCACUACAACACUACUGCAUCAGACAGAACAUUAGCUGCAGACUGUCAAAGAUACCUAAAAUGAAGAUCCGGUCGCAGGAAAAUCAGACUUAGGCUAACCCUAGGAUAGGGUGGUGAUGGCCUCGUGGUCUAGUAGUACGGCUUCCAAACAGAACACCAGAUGGUUGUGAGUUCAACACCAGGGCUGCCACCAUUGUGCCCCUGAGCAAGGUACUUAACCCUGAGUUGCUCCAGGGAGACUGUCCCUGUACUUAGUUCACUGUAAGUCUCUCUGGAUAAGAGCGUCUGCUGAAUGACCUGUAAUGUAAUGUAACGUAAUGUAAUGUAAUGUAACCCAGCAACAGGACUGUGGUUCCAUCAUCCUGGCUCCAGAUGCACUCGGCUGGCAGACACAGGACAGAGUGGAGGACUCUGUGUUUUGACUCAAACGUCAAAAGUUGAUGGACAAUGUUUCCCUGACAUUUUUAAAGAUUAACACGCCGUCUUAUUAUCUGCACAGAGAAUUGUUUUUGUUGUUGCUGUUUACAUUCCUCCUGCUGCAAAUUUUUAAAAAAUGCACUACUGUUGGCUCUUAAUGUUUUCUUGUGUACCAUUAUGGACUGAGCUACAACUGCAUUUUGUUGUGUAACCCUGUGUUGCAGAAUGACAAUAAAGGAUCCUUGAAUCAAA